AUGAUUCAUUUCACUGACAGAUUUUUGAGUUCUAAUCAGACAUAUAGUGGAACGAUGAGUGCACACUCUUGUUCAUCUAUAUAUGAAUACCUUAAAAAUGUUGGUGUUCAUAUGCUUGACGAACUAUAUACUCAUCCUCCAACAUGUUUAGUUGUCUUCAGGGAAUUACCAGAAUUAUCAAAACAUUUUGUUAUGAGACUUUUAUUUAUUGAACAACCAAUACCAAAGUCUAUUGUCUCUGGAUGGGUUGACAAAAGUUCCAGCACCUUACUGAACGAUGCCUGUAAAGCUUUAACGGACUUAAGAAUUUGGCACUCAGCCGAUACUAAUGUCUCUAGGGGUUCAUGGUCUUUAAACAAAAAAUACCAAGAAUCUAUUCGAAUAUCAUUAUUCGGAGGAGGAAAACCUUUACUUGGUGAUUUAGGUGUUGUGACAAAUGAUAAGUACUCAAAAAGUGUUGAAUUUUUAAAAUCUUAUGCGUCUGAGAGAUGGGAUGCUAUACUUCAUUUUAUGGUAGGCUGUGAAUCAGCAGAGAUUGGAAAUGUUGUCAAAGAUGUACUCUUGCUAUCUAAUUUAAUGAAAUGCGAAAGUAAUGAUACUCCAAUCGGCAUUACAAAGCAUGGAUUUCACUUUCUGUUGAUGAGUAGACAAUCUCAGGUGCUAGUUUUUAUUCUGCAUUAUUUCGACUACUUGAAGGAGAACAGUAAAAACCUGGUUGGCGCUUUACAGUUUGUUUUUCAGCUUAGUUUUUUGUGCCCCACUAAGUGUUAUCCAGUAGACGCAUUGACUACUGCUCAGCAAGAAGUUUUGCAACAUAUGCGUGAACUUGGUCUAGCAUACCAACGAAAGCGCACAGCACUUCAUUUCUAUGUAACCCCUCUUGCUCUUGACGUAGCUGGAGGUCAUACUAAUUUCUUGGAGAGUAAAUCAGGAGGAUGGGGUCCACAAUUGGGUGUCAUUCCGACAGGAGUAUCGAAGUCUAGUUCAUCAGAAACCAAUAAUGUUUUCUCCCAAUUAUCAACGUCUAGUUCUUCUGACGUGGGUUACAUUUUGUUAGAAACUAAUUUCCGACUUUACGCUUAUACGGAUUCACCACUUCGUACAGCUCUUCUUAGUUUAUUCAGUAAAAUACGAGCACGAUUUCCAAAUUUUGUUGUUGCUGAUAUCACCCGUGAUUCAGUUCGUGAAGCAUUGAUUCGAGGUAUAAGUGCAAACCAGAUUUUAUCUUUCCUGACAGCUAAUGCACAUCCAGAUAUGUUGGUCAAGAUGCCUGUCCUACCGCCUACAUUAACAGAUCAAAUUCGUCUAUGGGAAAUGGAACGAAAUCGAUUUGUAUUUCAAGAAGGGUGCCUAUAUGAACAAUUCUCGCGGAAUACGGAUUUUGAAAUGGUUCGAGAUUAUGCCAAAAGUGUUGGAGUUUUACUCUGGGAGAAUCCUGAACGAAGAAUAAUGGUUGUAUCUAAAGCAGGCCAUGAAGAUGUACGGAAAUUUUGGAAAAACAAACGUCCUUCUUAG